AUGGCUGCAUCGCAUAUAUUAAGCGCAGUGGAGCCUACAGUCGGUGGAGCUUCAAGGGCGGGAAGAGAAAGAGAAGUGAACGUGGCGUUAGACGACAGAGAGUUGUGGGUGCGGUUCCAGACUCUUACUAACGAAAUGAUCGUUACUAAGAACGGAAGACGUAUGUUUCCCGUUGUAAAAGUUACUGCCAGUGGGUUGGACCCGACGGCCAUGUAUACCGUUCUCCUCGAAUUUGUACAAGUGGACACUCACCGUUGGAAAUAUGUUAACGGAGAAUGGGUCCCCGGUGGUAAAGCAGAAGUUCCACCAUCUAAUGCAAUCUACAUACACCCGGAAAGUCCUAAUUUCGGAGCUCACUGGAUGAAGGAACCAAUAUCAUUUGCUAAAGUUAAAUUGACGAACAAAACCAACGGAAAUGGACAGAUAAUGCUGAAUUCUCUGCACAAAUACGAGCCAAGAGUACACCUAGUGAAAGUCGGUACGGAUCUUCGUCGUAUCAUGACAUAUCCGUUUCCCGAAACACAGUUCAUAGCUGUGACGGCCUAUCAGAAUGAAGAAGUGACGUCACUUAAAAUAAAAUAUAAUCCCUUUGCCAAGGCUUUCUUAGAUGCAAAGGAACGCCCUGAAGGUUAUUACCAGAGAGAUUUCGUUGGGACACAUUAUCCGCAGCAAAGUUCUUCACCUCAUCAAUAUCCUCAAUUUGGCGGAUGGUUCGUGACUUCACAGUCUUUGUAUGGCAGCAGUAACUCUUCAUCAAGAAGACCAGCUCCUUACCCUCCUCGGCCGCCAUCACGUCCUAGAACUCUCUCUCCACCAUCAACUUACAGCAGCAGUGAGCGUAAUACAGUAGCCGCAGCUAACAGCAGCGGCAGUUACACCUGGGCUAGUAGCAGCGGUUAUUGGACAGCACAAGGCGGUAGUUCCCCUCAACCGAACGUCUCCCCCGCUCCUUACCGCACCCCGCCGCAUGCGUACCCUGCACCCAUCGAGUACGCAUCGGCACCGCCAACGAGCAGUACGGCGCCCGCUACAGCACCUGCGCCGCUGUAUCCACUGCAAUACGAAACUCCCCCUCAACAUCACUCCCCGUACUAUCAGCAUGCGUAUGCGCCAUAUGCUCACCACACAAUCGAGGAUAUUUCGUAUUGGCCGAAUGGUUUGAACAGCUACGGCUACCAACCCUCGGAGUAUGUGGGCACUGGUGAUGUAGCAUAUAGCACUGAGGGUAUGUCGUUUGGACCGACAGGCCCUCCUUUAGAAGCGGCAACUGCUAACCAAAACGACCGGUCCACUCCGUCAGGCUCUGAACACCAAGUUGGUGAAAGAGAAUAUAAAUUUAACACUGAAGAAGAACGUCAUUCACCAUGUGAAGAAACCGCGCUAACGCCACGUUCACCUGCACAAGAGGAUGUUACACCACAUGUAGCUCUUGUGAACUCUCAAGAUGCUCAAACUUUAAAAAAUUUGGUCGAGAAUGUUGUUUGGCAGUUGAUAAGGGGUCAGGAUGUUUUGGACAAUUCAGUUGAUGAAUCCGAUGAAAUGGAUUAUAAACCAAAGCUUAAGAAAAGUCAAUGUACAAUGAGAUCUCUUCUCAAUUGGUACAAGAACAAGUAUAUUGAUAUAUCACCAAGAAAAUCAAAGCAUAUACAGCAGAGAACCUUAGUUAUAAUAUUGCCUGAUUUCGAAAGUUUCAAUAGCAACAUCUUGCAAGACUUUGUGAUGAUUAUAAGUUCAUAUUCAUCUCUGCCUAUAGUGUUAAUAUUUGGUGUUGCCACUUCUGUAUCUGCCUUACACAAAUCUUUUCCAUACCAUGUUUCAUCUAAACUUCUUAUAAGAGUAUUUCACUCGCAUCCCUCUCCUGUUUAUAUGAAUCAAGUCUUAGAAAACAUUUUCUUAACCCAUAAUAGCCCAUUCCACUUAUCUGGUAAAGCUUUCGAGUUGUUAACAGAUGUGUUUCUUUUCUAUGAUUUUUCUGUUACGGGACUAAUACAGAGUAUUAAGUAUUGUAUGAUGGAGCAUUAUUAUGGGGACAAUAUUAAAACACUUUGUUGUAGUCAAGAUCAAAUUGAUUCAGCCGUAGCAAAUCUAUCAUCCAAUGACUUGGAGAGUAUUAGACAAUUGUUGUCAUUUAGACCAUUUCUAGAAGUACAAGAUUGCAAAACAAAAAUUGGUUUAUUUGAAGAUGAUAACUUCUUUAGGGAAGUCCUGUCAAAAGAAAUGCACAAACUGCAUGAAUAUAUUCAUAGUUUUUAUUUAUGUGUGAGAUUGCUCUUCAACUUUGUUAAGGAUUUACCUAAAAAUAUUUUUGGUAAAACGAUUCGGGAGAUCUACGCAAAAUGUUCAAUGGAACAUAUAACAAGUACAGAACAGUUCAAAGAUUGCAUGCAACUUAUAAGUUUCCAAUCACAAAUGAAAUUAGUGGACAACAUAAAAAAUGCGUUGAAAGAUAUCAAUUCUUUGAUGAAAAACGAUUCUUUGAAGCCUCUUCGUUCAACUCCAACUAAGAAUAACACAAAUGUAGCCAUGAAUGAUCUUGGAUUAAACUUUGCUAAGUCUGUCAGAGUUCAUAUGAUGACUUUUUUGAGGCAAAUUGAAAAUGCGAACAGCGAAUCUACUGUAUUCAGUUCAGAAGCAAACACAGAUGUUGAUAUGGUGAUAGAAAAUGUUCCUGGCAGCAGAUAUAAAUUAAAAGAAAAGUUACUAAGAGCUACCAGGGUUGAAAAAAUACAUUCAGAGUUCGAGUUGAUACGUUCGAGAUUCGUUAGUUAUUUGGAAGAAAUAUUCUCAAAAGGUCUCCAGCCUCCAUACAAACAGACGUUUAAUGAGAUCAUGUUCUUUGGUGAUGUAGCUAGUGUAAGGAAACAAAUCGUCGGUUCACCGCGCGGCGCAUUACACACAGCUUUGAGUAACCCAGCGCAUUACUUACAGUGUUCAUGCUGCAACAUACAGUCAACAGAUUCAAUAGUUGCCAGUAUGCCGGACGUGUGUAUAGCUUACAAGCUGCAUAGAGAGUGCGGGAAACAUAUCAAUGUGUACGACUGGUUGCAGGCUUUCACCGCUGUAGUACAACCUGAACCAGAUAUACCUACUGAAGAAGAUACAAAAAUACAACUUCGUUUUCAACGGGCGGUAGCUGAACUACAGUUUCUUGGUUUCAUCAAAUCUUCCAAGAGAAAGACCGAUCACUUCAUUGUCGCCCUCGCCCUUGUGGCUUGCGUUGCUGCUGUCCCCGUAGAGAAGGAGGUCCCAAAGAUCCUCCGCUACGACUUCGAGCCACAACCCAACGGUGCAUACUCUCUCAGCGUUGAAAGCGACGAUGGCAUUGUCAGGAGGGAGGUCGCUGAACUUAAGGAAAUCCUCGACGCUGACAACAAGCCCCAACUCGUCUUAGUCGUCAAAGGAGAAUACUCCUACCCCAGACAAGACGGCAGCGUUGAGUCCAUCAGCUACGUUGCUGAUGAGAAUGGUUUCAAUGCUAACGGUCCUUCCAUCCCCCAGCCCCCAGCACCCGCCAGGAGAUAA